AUGAGGAUCUCCCUAGUAGCCGAUAUCGAGGUCCAUAAUCCGGGUGGGAGCCUUUGUCGUAGUUUGCUCUACCGACAGCCCUUUGUGUUGAACGCCAAGGUGGAUGAGACCGUUUCAAGGGUGGCUGUUCUUGGCGCCUUGUUCACCAGGUCGCACUUGGGCUAUGUCCUCACUGUUGAUGAUCCCAGGUACGUGUUGGUCCUGCCUCCUGUCACUGCGAGUGACCUCUACAAGCUAAAGGAAACUUGUUGCGGCUUGCGUGCACUGGGCUGUGGGGCUCAGUAUGUCGGUUGGGAGAUCAAGGCCGUGAACGACAUUCAGGCUUCCUUUUGUUCAAUUCUCCGAGAAUGUCAUCCAGCAGUUGUUGAAGGGGACAUAGGCUCUCUGCCUGAAAAGCCUACAGUGAAUGACCUUCUCCCUGACUUCCAGCAGCUCUUUGGAAAUACAGGAUGGGAAGAUUAUUCGUUGGGUGAUGAUGAGUUCAGGCAGUUUCAACAAUUUGCCAAGAGUUUUGAGGACCUCAUCCUUGAUCCUGCCACCACAGCCCCGACUGCUUUGCAUGCCUGGGGCAAUCAGACAAAGUCGUGUUUGUUUGGAGCAUUGGUCAAGGAGCAGACUCCUGAUGGUCCCAAGUUUCGUCAUGCAUCAGCCAUUGAAGCCAGAGAGUCGAUUGCCGCCGUUUGCAAUGCUCUCUUCGCCAUGCGUGACCGGGUGUUCAACAUGACCAAGACAGUGCCGAUGGUUAUGUUUGAGGAAAGCCUGACUGAUCUUUUGGGAUAUCCUGUUGGGUCUAGGCUGCCAGACAGUCACUUCCACGCUACCGGAGCCAUUUCCGGAUUUCGAGUUAACAAGCGUAAGUCCAAUGCAUCUGAAUCGUCCACAGUGCCAGGUCAGAUCAGCAAUCCAUUGGAGACCCAGCUCAUUGCCAUGAGUGCGGAAGUGCCGGAGCCUUUACCCGUUGAGGCCUCGAGCGCAAUGGACUCGCUGCAUGCCCUCAAGCCAUUCGUCCGAGAGAGUGCACCUGCAGAGUUUACCCAACAGAUGAUUGGGGUGGUCCGGGUGUGUGAAAACAGUGUUCAAGCCAUUCCGGUCCGAGGAGUCACCACUGUCGCAGGCUUCUUGCGAGCCGAAUCAGUUAUCACAGGGUUCAAUGGCAAGCUUUUUGACCUUUUGGGCUGCCGUCUGACCGAUGAAGCUGUGUUGGAGCCGGGUAGGUUCUAUGUCUACUUUGCACAUGACCAGUUCCCUGAGGCCAUGACUUCACGUAUCAUGUGGCUUGCCGCCAACGGUCCCAAAGUUGCGGUUGAUGAGAUGGAGUUUUAUCUCAAUACGGUUUCCGCCACCUUUAAGAUGCCCUGGGUGCCACCAAUGAUCAUUGAUGACCUUGGGUCGGCUUCCGUCGUUUCGACCGCUUGGCUUUCUGUUGUUCAGGGGGCAUUGGAUGAUUCAGGAGUCCUGUCUGCCUUUUUGGCUGAUGGUCAUUGGUCUCCGGUGAUUGUUCACAAGGCUCCUCAUGGUAAGAUCAGGUUCAUCGUGACUCAGGGCGGGGCCUCAUUGUGGCCAUCGCUGUUCGACCAACAAGUCAGGGUUGGGCACUUCAUGCACAUCUCGAGCAUGCCUCAGGAAUUCCCUCAAGACUGUGGUUUUCAAGCAUUCAUGUGGCUUACGGCUAGAUCAGCUGAGUCGGAAUUUGAGUCCGCCGAUUGGAGCAAAGCCAUUCAAAUGCGUAGCAAUUUCCUCAUGGCACUUAUUGGACGCAGUGAUCAGUUUCUUCCCAGGAAUUGGCUUCUGGGUGGUGGCUCUGAGCUGCAAGUGGCACUGGCAGGUGUCCUACGUGAACAUGCAAUCCCUGAAAAUAAGGUGAUGGAACGAGCCACUAUGCUGCUCUCGCAUCUGGGUGAGACCAAAAUUCAGGACAUGUUCAAAAGUAAGAACCCUUGGAGGCAUCUCAAGCAAAUUUGCAACAACCACAAGCCAAAGCUCCAGAUCGUCUUGGAAGCUGAGCUUCAGGCAGCCUUGGGAGAUCGGGCCCGUUCGGUGGCCCCAGUUGGUAAGAAAUCGGACAAGCGCAAAAAGACCAAGCAGGUCCCAGAGCUGGCCGCAUCGAUUCAUCCAAAUGACAUUCUCAUUCCCCCUGGAGUCUUCAGGCAGCAGAAUGGAGGAGAGCUUUCACAGCUGAAGAUCAACGAGAUCUCGCCAUCCGCAGCUGGAGUUGUAGUCGGUCAUGAAGAGGAUUUGGGUCCCUAUAUUGGCAAGCCAGGCCUAUCCAGCCAGGGUUUGGCCCUCUUGGUCCUUUCACCGAGCAAAUACAUGAUGGAGAAGUUUGGUGAGAUGAUUCGCUUCCCUGUCAUCUGUGUUCAGACAAAUGAACCGAUGCUGGUUUCGGCUUUGUUGCUGCAAAAAGGGGCCAUUCUGGUUGAGCGCAAUGUUCCUGAUCAGCCACUGCAGAUUCAAGAGGUCUCAAACGUUGUGAUCAAAGUGGCUCUGUUUCGAGAUGAGUGCCCAACUUCUUGGGAAAUGAUUGUGGCAGCUCCUGUGAAGCACCUGCUGGAAUUUUUCCCUCAGCUGGUCACUUGCCGUGAGCCGUCUUGCAGCUGUUCGCGCUUUCACCCUCAAUCACGUGACGACAGUGACAUGAUCAUGGAUGUUUGGAAUCGUGAUUUUGUCAGCCUUAAGUUCCGCAGGGUCGUCCCUGGUUCAGCUGAUGUGUUCAUGUGUUGCCUUCAGUGGAAUCUGUUUUUGCGACAGUCAGGCACCCAUGGCUGCUACACGGAGAUUCGAGCACCUGAUGGAAAAUGUGAUGACAUUCACCACUUCACUGUUUGGCUCCCGCGCAAGUCACUUCGAGAAGCCCAGGCUGAGCAGGCAGCAAUCAAAGAAGCGUCAGCCAUCAUCAGAAUUGGGCAUAAGUAUGGCCUCCGUGUCUCAGCCAAAGAUGCAGAAUCCGUCCAUGCCGCUGUUCGACAUGAGCAGGCCGUGAUGUUAGGCCCCAACAAACAGACUUGGUGCAUGGGUCCGUUGCCUUGGGGUUCAUCUAAGCAGUCCGUGCAGAAGCUCAUCGACGAAUGGGGCUGGAAGGCCAAAGCUUUGCAUACCACCGGCAAAUCGCCUGAUGGGUCAGGUCUGUUGUGGAAUCUGCAUUCAGCCGGAUCUCCGCCUCCAACAGUUUAUUCAUUGAGUCAUGGGGAUGUGUUGCUGACUCGUGUCGACCUGCCUCCUGCUGUUGACACCAAGCCGGCCCCGGUUUUGGUCGCGUCCAAGAGGACGAGGGAUUCAUUGUCCACUGCGGGCCAAGAUCCACUGCAGCUCCAUGACCCAUGGGCUCAGUCCUCCAAGUCAGUUAUGCCUGCAGAAGCUAGGUAUGUGACCCAGGCUCAUCUUAGCGCCUUUGCGGCCUCACUUGAAGCCAAGGUAGCUGCCAAAGUCUCCGAUGAGAACGAGGAUGUAUCCAUGGACAUUGGAGUCAUGAACCGAGUAGAGCAGCUCGAACUACAGGUCCAGCAGCUGACUCAAGCUCAGGCCAAGCAAAUUGCCGACACACAGGCCAUUUCCACCCAAGUGUCAUCUUUGACCACUAAGGUUGAAGCCACGGCGAGAUCAAUUGAAAGUGCGAUUGAGUCCAAAUUGACGCAGCACCUGCAGAAGCUUGACAACAUGCUCUCCAAGCGUUUCCGCGGCUCCGCACCGGCCAAGAGUGACAGGAGAGGCAGGGCAUCUUCGCAUGCCUGA